ACAUUGCCAAUUUUAGAAACUGGUAGAAUUGCUGUUAAAAAAAGAAAAAAAAUACCCAGGAAAAAUUUGGAUUCAAUAUUACAUGAUGAUACACUUAAUAUAAAACUUGAACCGACAGAUCCUAAUUAUAGGUUUCAAAAAGCCAUCAAUAGAAAGAUGAAAAAACUAGAAACAUUACUUUAUAGUGCUGAUAUUGAUAUGAGACUUGUACCUGAUCCUAGAUAUGAAAUAGUUAGAGAAUUUGUAGAAACAGAAUAUGAAAAAAAAUAUGAAAAUUUUCGAAGAACAGUCCUACCACCUUUACCAAGUUCUGCUUAUAAUAAUAAUCAUUAUGAUGUUGGUGAACAAAUAGAAUUUUGA